UGUUUAUCAUUAUCAGAUAGGAUGACGUCAUGCUAUUUCCUAUUGGCUUACGUUGUUAACGAUGAAACUUGCACUAGCAACACCUAACUUGAGCGAGUGAAAUUAGUGUUGUGUCUUUAGUGUUAUUUUGUUGAAUUGUUUUCUUUUUUUCUUUCGUUAAAUUAAUUUUAAUCAACUAUAAUUCUUAGUUCACCACGUAAUUAAUUUGAUUGUAUUUUCUUUGGACUGUAAAUGUAAAGUGAAAGCAAUAUUUUUCCCUUCUUCUCCUCAUAGUGCAACCAUCAAUAACAACUGUAGUAGCAACAAUCAAGAUUUACAUCUUUUAUUACUCUACUCAAGGCAAUUAAAAUUCAACUUUGUUUGCUCAUACCCAAGAACCCUUAAUUACACGGAUGUUUGCUUCGCAUGAUCAAUCAUAUUUUUGUGAUAUUUCACAAUUUUCGCAAAUUGCUUUAUGCAAUGUUGGUUCCUAAAUAUUCUAAUUUAUCUAGUAUUUGUUCAUCUUUCUAUUGGGCCUUUCCAGUUGAACCUGUUGAGCCUUAUCCCAUAUUGACAAUCAUCUGUUGCACAUUUUGUUUUGGAACUGUUGCCAUAUUAAAAAAGAUUUGCCAUAAAUCGUUAAGAAUUUCUUAUAAACAAAAAUACGUACUUCUUGAUAAUCCUGAACUUUUGGAUAAGCACAAAUUUCCACAACCGGACGUAAACAAAACACGGAUAAAUCUUCCAAAAAUAUUGAACUACUUUAACGGCAAAAGUAACCUUAUUUUCAACAUAAAGUACUGUCGGAUAAUAACGUGUUAUCUUCAAAAAUUUAAUAACUUCGCGAACAAUUUUAGUCAUCUACUUUACUAUCAUCUUUCAUAAUAAUCAUAACAACCCAACCUUAAGAUGGACCACGAUCGUAAGCCUCCUCGUUUUAUACUUAAUUGUGGAAAGAGGCCAACAGACAAUAACGAUUCUUUGACCACCCCUAUCAUCGACCCAAACGCACCCUUAUCCACCACUGGACCUCAUUUUCCAUCUUUUGACCAUCAAACAGAUAAUGCUUUUGGUCAAUACCUUCAAGAAUUAUCUCAAUCAGUUUCAUCAGAUGUUUAUGAGAAUAACAAACAAGAAAAACCAACCAAUGCUUCGACAACUUUUCCGCCAUUUCCCUCCUUAACUACCUCUUCUAUUCCAACACCAGCUAUAAAAUAUAAUCAUCGGCAUCAGCAAUCUCAGCAGUCACAAUCACAGUCUCAACCUCAACCUCAAAUUCAAAUUCAAGCUCCCGCUCAAUCUGCGACUCAAUCUCAACAACAUCAACCUCCAUGUGCAUCCCAAGUCCCAUCUCCAUCUCAACAACACUCUAACAACCAUUCAUUGACAAAUGGACAGAACAAUCAUUCACAGCCAACUUCAAACUCAGCUUCAUCCCCACCAAAUGACGCAAAACCUAGCGUACCAUCUUUUCAUGUGUCAUCUUCAUCUGCACAUGAUUAUGCCAGUUAUAUAUCGCCAAAACAUGGAGGAAUAGAUUAUAUUUCCAUUAAUUCUAGUCAUCCCGUUCCGAUACCGGUUACAGUAAUAACUACAGGUUGUUUGUCAUCAGCAUCGUCAACUUCAACGAUUACUCCACAAUCAAGGAUCGUGGAACAUAAUCAACAAUUUAUUUCUUCAACGCCACAAUCUGUAUCAAAAUUGUCAAUUAACAACACUAGCAGUACAAGUACAGUGGCAACAUCUGACGAGGUUCCAUGUUCAUCAUCACGUUCAAAUCAUUUAUCUGUGAGUCGUCGUCUCGCACCUUUUUCCCCUGUCUCGACUGUAUCAACUUCAUCUCAAGCCUCAACUGUUGGAAAAGAAUCAAUGCAAUAUAUUUUACCAUCAGGAUCAGACGAUGAACGAUCUUCAAGAGCUACUCCAGGUCGCAAGAAAAAGAUGGAUCCAUCUCGAAGAUCAAAAUUAACGAAAAAAGAGAAAUUGGAUAAAAUAAUCAGCGAAGAGAAGCGACUUCAAGCAUCUAACACAGCUCUGAAACAGAGAAUGAAAGUCAUGGAAAAUGAUUGUAACCUAUUACAAAAUAUUAUAACAAAUAUUUUGAUAGAUGCUGCCAAACGAAAACAAAGUGAAUCUUUGCAAUCUUCUCAAGAAAACCAAGGAAAUUUGAAGGAAUCGUCAACAUAACUGAAAUUGCUUGGUUUACUUAGGAUGCUCAAGUGUUCAUGUCUAUUGAUCAGAACGUUGUCGAUAUUUGAGUUUCAACUCGUUCUUGAUCAUUUAGUUAUGAUCUAAUAAGCAAUAUGCAUUCUUAAUUUUCCAUACUCUUUUUUGACUCUGAUUAUCAUCUUUCAUCCAUCUUUGCCAUAAAAAAUAUGCAAUAUUUUUUGUUUUUCUAUGUUCAAUGUUAUAACAUAAUAAUCAUUUGGUUUUAAUAUGUUUGAUGUUUUUUGUUUAUCAGAAUAUAACAUUAUUAUAGAUUUAAAAAUCAAUAGCAAAUUCCUAGAAAUGCCUUUCAACAGAAAAAAAACAAAAUGUUUCGAUAUGUAAAGAAAAGGGUGUAAAAUUAACAUUGUUAGAGAAAAAUUAUUAUCAAACAUAGCCUUAAACCUUUAAUUGUUAACUAUUUGGUUAUGUAUGUUGCUAAACAUACGUUUUUGUUGUAAAUAAUAUAUAUUUUAUUUAUUCUUAAUCCAUUUUUUGUACAAUGCCUUUGUAUCAAACAAAGUUCAGCCAUUUGAAUUGUAAUACUUUUUCCGUCCACUGUUCACAUUAUGUCAACCUUUCUUUUCCAUGCCAUUUCAAUUUGUCCUGUUAAAUGGUUGAAAAUUUUAUCAAAAUAUCGUUUUAUGCUUUAUUCAUUCACAGUUAACCAAACAACAAGAUAGAUUCAACAUAAAUCCUGACAAUAUUAACAUUUGUGAAUUAAAUACCUUCAUAACGCAA